UUUCCUAAAACCUUUUCACUAAGAAAACGUUCCGAAUUAAAACACAAUUAUGCUGAAAUUCAAGUAAAGUAGAAAAUUGAGGCCAAAUCCUAACACGAGUUAGUUUAUUCUUUAUCAAAUAUUCAAACUGGUUCACAGAGCAGAAGAAUGCUAUAUGGCAUUAGUAUAAAUAUGUGCACACUGGAGGAAAUGAAGAAAGUAACACAAUAAAUUGAGUUUUUGAAGCAAAAGUAGAUCAAGAAAAUGGGAUUAGUUAAAGGGUGCCUCUUUUCAUUAUAUUUUUCUUAUUGUUCCUCUUAAGCUAAUUCAGUUAAAUGGUACUCUUCAAUUGUUGAAACUGCAAAGUUGAAAGUUACAACAAGUGAAAGUUCUACCAAUCCGACAAGGCUUCUUUAUUCGUACAACAAUGCAUUUCAUGGAUUCAGCGUUGUUAUGUCCGAGGAUGAAUUGCAGGGUCAUUAGUCUUAGCAUCCUGGAUUCCAAAUGUUUAUACAGCUUCAAUAUAUCCGGAUAUCAGAUUGAGGAAUGAAUUCGCGAUGAUUUCAGGAACAUCCAUGGCAUGUCCACAUUCCUCGGGCAUUGCUGCACUUCUUAAAGGCGCACGUCCAGAAUGGAGUCCAGCAGCAAUCCGAUCUGCCAUGAUCACUGGUGCCAUCAACAUUGACAACACAAAUUCUCCUAUCAAAGAUUCAGGUCUAAACUACAGUAUCGCGACUCCUCUGGCUAUGGGAGCAGGGCUAGUUAAUCCAAACUUCGCCCUGAAUCCAGGCCUUAUCUAUGAUGCCACCCGACAAGACUACGUGAACCUUUUAUGCGCCAUGAACUUCACUCGCAAGCAAAUCUUGACGAUCACAAGAUCAUCAUCCUACACUUGUCAAAAUGCAUCUUCUGACCUUAACUACCCAUCAUUCAUCGCGCUAUACUCUAAUGAAACAACAACACUGAGUCAAAAGUUCGUAAGGACAGUGACAAACGUUGGCAAUGGUCCUGCUAACUAUUCCAUCAAUAUGGUCGUGCCAUCAAACACAAAUAUUAGUGUUUAUCCUCAAAGAUUGUCCUUCGACAGCAAGUAUGAGAAGCUAAGUUAUACAUUGACAGUUGAAUAUAGUGGCAAUAAAACAGGAGAAGUUGUAUUUGGAUCACUAACUUGGGUGGAUGUAAUUGGUCUCCAUGCUGUAACAAGUCCAAUUGUAGUUGCACCAAGGAUUCAUUCUUGGUAAUCACCAAAAAAAUAGGUACAUAACUAACAAAAUGUAAGGAAUUUCUGAAUCAGAAGUCUACCUAAUACAAAUCUCGAUUAGUAGGACCAGUAGAUUUCGGAUACCAGAUUAAUUAUAAUGCCAAAAAAGAAUCCCUUCCAUUGUUCUUUAUGUUCGUUUUUCAUUUCUUUUUAUGUAUGUAUCUUUUAUUUGUUAUCAAUUUGUUAUAUUCCCAAUUCGAAAUGUGUACUAGAGUGAGGAGAGCUGAUUAGCUUAAUCGAGUAAGGAAUUAGCUAAUUAGUCGAAAGUCGAAAGUUAGUUAAUUGCUGGUUUGAAAGUUAGGCGCGCGGACUACACGCGAUCCGAGAAACAGUUGUAACUAACUUUCCCUCCAAAUUCCAGCUCCCUUGUUUUCUGUUUUCUUUAUUAGCUACAUUGAGAUUCAGUUGUAAGC